ACGUAUUUUACCCUAAAUUAUUGUCCCAUCCAAAGCAAGAUUCAAGAAUGCGUAAAAGAGCCGCGGCAGUAGCAUAUCCUGCCUCCUCUUCUUAAACCCUCUGUCAAUCGAACCGAUUCUUUCUCCUCUAAAAGCUCUAAGAAAAGCAAAGAGCCCCGAGAUUAAUCUUAUCCCUCCCAGUCUCCCACUAUAAUUUCGUCUAUGGCGUCUUGGUUCACUUCAUAAAAAACCCACUUUCAAGACAUUUUUACACAUAAAUCUCUAAUAAGGGUCUUUGAGGUUAUCUAAAAUGGCAACAACCACUCCAUGUUCCUCUCACCUGUUAUCUGCUUCUAUCCAUUUCCAUGGCUGCCCUAAAAAUUAUCUUAAAAUCCAUUCCCCUUUUCUUCAUCAGCUCAAGCAGAAUUCAACUCAGUAUCUUGAAGCACAUAAAUUUCGUUUGACCAUGAAACAAAACCAAGUCGUUCAGAAUUCUAAGCCAAGUAUCUGUUCUGCUAUAAAUAUGGCCACAGGCCAGUCUGAUGAUCCUGAAAAAAUAAAUUUGGACCAUAUAAUAGAAAAAGCUAGAAGAUUGUGGGACAGCACUCCUCAGCCAGUGAAGAGAUUCCCUUGGAACAGAGCUUUGGACAACUUUGUUCAACUCAUACUUGAUCUUAUACUGGCAGUGGUCAAAUAUCUAAGUUUACCUUUACUGGCAGUUUCCUCCCUUAGUGAGAUGUCCUACUGUGCACACGAAAGGAAGUUGACUAUUAUACCUGUUCCCCUUCUUAUUGGCUUUGUACUAGCAGGGGUUUUGAAAGAAACUGCCUUGGAGCUUUCUCCUCUUCUCAAGGAUGCGGUAGUUCCCUGGCACCUGAUUGCAAUUGCAAUAUUCUUCACAUUGAUCAAAUUGCCAGGCCCAUAUUACCCAUAUUGGGGGCGUAUUUUCAUUCCACACUUUGCAAAUGGGGCACUAUGGAGGACUCUAUGGUUUAUGUUUUUGUGGUAUAGAAGACCCAAAACAUCUGGAGCUGAGUUGCCAAAUAGUUUGGUAAAUGGCAGUGAUUCUGAAAUUGAAUAAGCUGCAAUAUCAACGGGUAAAGGUUAUAUUUUGUGACUGAGAAACUGGCCAGAGCGGGCUAUUUAGGAGAAUUUAUCAGAAUUGGAGAAGGAUUUGGCGGGGAGAUCUAACAGGUUGGUACUUGGGAUGUUCGGCUUGAAACCUUAUUUGUGUUUUCCUUCAUUCAACCUUGGGUUUUUGGUAGAGACCCUAUGGUCUUCUUGUCUGAACAGAAUAUCAUGAGGAUUUGAUCCUAACUUUGGUUAAAACCUUGUAUGCAAUGGCAGUUCUGAGAAUUGUUAAAUACAUAAAUUACGCAUUCAGUAUUUGUGACAAA